AUGAUACUGCUCCUGCUGCUUGCGGAAGCAACCGAUGCCGUCCCGGAAGCGGCGCUCGCAUGCGCCGACCUGAAGGGCGACUGUUAUUUCUGGGCGACUGUCGGCCAUUGCGAGGACAACGCGGGCUUCAUGGCGCGUACCUGCUCGCUAUCCUGCGGGUCAUGCUCACCUCCAGACAGCGCGCCCUACCCGCUGCUGGAUAGCGCCGCUGCAGCGCCGUAUUCUUUGGCCGCUGCCGCCGAGCGGGCUGCUGCAGCUCCGGCGCCGCUGCUGCUGCUGUUUGACGGCGCGGGGAGCGGGAGCACCCAGCCGCUCGGGCUACCGGCCGGAGAGCGGAUCGUGAGCCUCUCUGCGGGCGAACUUCAUCUCCUCGUGCGGACGGCCUCCGGCGCGGUGUACGCCUUCGCGGACAACGCCAUGGGGCAGCUGGGUCGGCCGCUCUCCGCCUCGCGCCUCCCGUACACGGCGUGGCAGCCGUACGCGCUGCGGUGGCCGGGACGGAGCGGUGGGCUUGCGGCGGCGGCGGCAGUCGACGCCUGCGCAGGCCGAAUGCACUCUGCCGCCGUGCUGGCCUCCGGCGAGGUGUUUGCGUGGGGCGACAACGGGCACGGGCAGUGCGGCGUGCUUCCUGAGGAGACGCCGAUGAGCGUGGCGCCCGCCGAGCUGGAGAUGCUGGACGCGCCUCUCGCGCUGCCGGCGCGAGUCCCGCUGCCCGAGCACGCCACCGCCGUCGCGUGCGGGGAGCUGCACACCCUCGUCCUCGGCGCGUCGGGUGCCGUCUACGCGUUCGGCGACAACGGGUUCGGGCAGCUGGGCGCGCGGACCGAGCACGCCGUCGAGACGCCCCUCAAGGUGCCUCUCCCGCUCGAGAAGGGCGAGGCGGUGGUCGGCCUCGCCGCGGCCGCCUCGCACUCGCUCGCCCGCACGAGUGGCGGCCGCCUCCUCGGCUGGGGGGACAACACCCACGGCCAGCUGGGCGAGGGCCGGCGCGGCUUCACCGCCUCGGCGGCGGCGGUGCCGCUGCCGCUGCGCGCGGGCGAGGAGGUGGUGGAGGUCGCCGCCUCGUCGUACCACUCCGCGGCUCGCACCAGCGGCGGGCGGCUGCUGCUGUGGGGCGACAACUCUUUCGGCCAGCUCGGCGCAGAGGCGAGCAACGCGUCGCAAGUCGGCGAGGCGCACAGCUCCGAGCCGUUCGGAGGCGUCGAGUUCGGCGCGGCCGCGCUCGCGCUCGGCGAGUACCACACGCUCGCCCUCUGCAACGCGUCUCACGUCUGGUCCUUUGGAUACAACGGCCGCUACCAGCUCGCGCGCACGCGCGGCGUGCGCUGGGACGGGAUGCCGCAGCGGGCGGAGCUGCCUCUGCCCAAGGCGGACCCGCCGUCCCUCCUCGCCGCCGGCGCCUAUUUCUCGGCCGCCGUCUCGCGCAGCGGGCACCUCGUCGUGUGGGGCGAGCACCCGAGCGCAGCCGAGCGCGCAGGCGCGGCGCCGGCGUCCGGGCUCUACACGUGGGGCGAGAACGCGGCGCGCCAGCUCUGCCGCUCGCUCGACGGCGGGCUCGACUACGACGCCGAGCCCGGCCUCGCUUCGAGCGUGGCGGGCUUGCUGCCCGACGGCGAGCUACCGGUGUUUGGGUGCGGCGGGUUCCACACGCUUGUGCACGCCGGGGGAGGGCCGGCCGUUCUCUCGUGCGGCGGCGGCGAGGAGGACGACGAGGCGGACUCCGCCGAGGACUCUGUCGUCCACCUCGCGGGCGGGCACGUGCAUUCGGUCGCACUGUCCGCAAAGGGCCGCGUGUGGACGUGGGGCUCCAACUCGCACGGGCAGCUGGGCUGGGCGCCGGUCCCUCCCCCUAGCGAGGCUGCGGUCCGGCUCUUCCCUCCCGGUGCGGUGAGGCUACCCCCGCGGCACAGGCCGGAGAGCGCGCCGGCGGCGACGGCUGCGCCGCCGCGCGUGGUGGCCGUCGCAGCGGGCGGCUACCACACGCUCGCGCUGACGGAGGAGGGAGACGUCUACUCGUGGGGCGCCAACCACCACGGGCAGCUUCUGCGCGCGUCGCCGUCGCCGGUCGAUCCGAUGCCUCGGUGGGCAGCCGUGCCGGGGAUGACUCCGGCGCCCUCUCCGGGCGCCGCUGCGUGCGAUGGGCCAAGCUGCUGCGCGGCCGGCGCGGCGUGGGACCUGAGGGAGGGGAGGUGCGCACCGUUGCGGGCGGUGGGCGCGGCCGCGGGCGCUUACCACUCCCUGCUCCUCCUCUCGGAUGGCCGGGUCUGCGCGUUUGGCGACAACCUCUACGGCCAGGUCGGACGCGCGGCGCCGACGCGGGCAGACGCGUGCGACGUCGCGUCGGGAGUCGAGCAGAUCGCUGCUGGCGAGCUGCACUCCGCCGCGCUGACCGCGCCGGGCAGCGAGGGGCGACGGGCGCUCCUCACUUGGGGCUCAAACGCCAAUCUGCAGCUCGGACGGACUGGCGCGCUCGUCGCUCCGACGGCGGGCGAGGUGCCGCUGCAGCUGCGCCCAGGCGAGCAUCCGACGUCGCUGUCCGCGGGCGGGUACCGGACGGCGGUGGUGACGAGCAUUGGGCGGCUGCUUCUCAUGGGGCGCGACACCGCCGUUCUCGCCGAUGGCGGCGACGAGGACGACGAGGAGAGCGAGGCUGGCGAGGCGGGCGUGCACGAGAGGAGCGGCCGCCGCCGUUUGGCGCGGCCGCCGCACCGCGGCGAGGAGUCGCGGCACGGCCACGGGGCAGGCGCUGGGGCGGACCCGGAGGCGGAGCUGGAGGUUGAGGAGGACGAGUGGUGA